AUGGCGGCGGGCGCGUCGGACCCCCUGGAAGAGAUGCUGCUCUUCUCCGAGGAGGUGGACGAGAAGGCGGUCAGCGACCUGGUGGGCUCCUUGGAAUCGCAGCUGGCCGGCGGCCGGGGCUCGGCCGAGGGGCCCCAGCCCAGGACCUCCGCGCCGUCGCAGCAGCAGCAGCCGCAGCAGCAGCAGCAGCCGCAGCAGGGGAGCCUAGCGGGGGGCAGCAGCCCCGUCCGGCAGCAGCAAGGGCAUCCCGCGCCUCCUCACGCUCCCGGGGCAGCGGAGGCGCCCGGAGCCGCCGAGAGCCGAGCCCCAGCCCAGGGGCCGCUCCCGUCCCCCCCGGCGGCGGCGGCGGCGGCAGCGGCGGCGGCGGCAGGGAGGGGAGUGAGUGUAAACAGUAGUAGUGUGCAGCAAUCACAUGGAGCGGCUCUCCGCUGCAGCAGCCCCGGCGCGCCCGCCGCCCCCGCCCCGCCGCCCGCCGCCGCGCCCCCGCCCGCCGCCGCCCCCGCCCAGCCUGUCAGCAACCAUGUGGCCGCCCCCGCGGCCGGCGGCGGAGCCCGGGCAGCGGGCAGCCCCAGCCCCGGCGGCAGCCCGCCCGCCGCGGCCACCGGCGCGCCGCGCGCCGAGGCCGCCGCCGCCGCCGCCGCCGGGGGGGCGGGGGGGGCAGCCGGGGCGGGGGGCGGCGAGCGGGCGGGAGCGGCGGAGGGAGCCGCCGCCGCCUCAGCGCCCGCGCCGCUCCCCGGCGAGGCGGCGCACAACGGCGAGGGCGCCGGGGGCCGCGCCGCCGGGGCGCCGGGCGGGCCGGCGGCAGUCGCACAAGUCAGCACCCCGCAGAGCGCGGCCGCCGGCCACGGCAAAGCUGCCGACGCCGCCGCCCAGCCCCCGCCCGCGCCCGGCCCGCUGCCCGCGGUGACGGCGCUCAGCCUCUCGGCCCCCGCCGCCGCCGCCGCCCCCAGCGCGGCGCCCAAGCCCGCCGCCGCCAAGGCGGGCGCUGCCGCCGCCGCCCCCCAGGCCCUGUCGCCGCGGCCGGCGCUGGGCGCGGCCCAGCGCAUCGUCGCCCCCCAGCUCAUCGUCCGGCCGCCGCAGCAGACCACGAUCCAGCUGCCCCCGGGCUUCACCAUCCCGCCGGGUAUGGUCUUGGUGCGCACAGAUGCUGGACAGCUUGUCAUGGUCCCUCAGCAGGCUCUAGCACAGGCUCAAAUGCAGGCUCAAGUACAAACACAGGGACAGGGUCCUACCAGCAUUUCACCCAGACUUUCAGUGCCCACAAGUGGCCCAGUGUUUCGCCUAUCAACAACUCAGCAACCAACUUCUGUGGCCACAUCUACUGUCCGCCUAGGACUUCCAGUGCAAGCCAAAGUUGUUCAAUCAUCUACUACACCAGUUAGUGCUACUUCUACUGCAACACUACCAGGUGGCUCUAUUCUUUCACAUACCACAGUAUCAGUAGCUGCAACAAGUGCUCCAACUUUAUUCAAAACAACAGUAGCAACUGGAACAUCAGCUUCUCAACAACCCACAGUAAUUACUGGUGGGCAAACUCAAGCUUCAGCGCAAACCCAGGGUCAGCCUCGGCUGCCACUUCCGCCUCAUACAACAGCACAAGUACCAGCACAGCCCCAGGUCAUACCAAGCUCUCCUGUACCUGGAACUACAGUGGUGUCACAGGAAAUGCAAGAGAAUGUGAAAAAAUGCAAAAACUUUUUAGCUACCCUUAUAAAACUUGCUUCUCAUAAUUCACCUUCUCCAGAAACAUCCCGUAAUGUGAAAGCUCUGGUUCAGGAUUUGUUGGAUGCAAAGAUUGAUCCGGAAGAAUUUACAGGCCGCCUUCAAUCAGAGCUCAAAUCAUCUCCUCAGCCAUAUCUUGUACCUUUCCUUAAGAAAAGUCUACCUGCAUUGAGACAAUCUUUACUGAAUAGUCAACAUUCAGUUUUGCAAGGACAGCCGUCUCAGCAGUCACUUCAACAAACCAAGCUAUCACAAGUUUUACCUCAGUCUGCCUCUGGAAGCAUUUCCGCUGUUGUCACGACGCAGACAAUAGGAAUAAGGCAACCAAACAACAUUUGCACGGUCUCUGUAUCAAAUACAGUGCAGCCUCCUCAGGUUAAGGUGGUACAGUCAAAUCAGAGUUCUCAACUGCAGAUUAUCCAGUCAACAUCUGCUCAAACUGUGAAACGAAACCCUGCUUGCCAGACUACCCAGAUUAGGAUGCCAGUGGUAAUAACUCAGACCAUUAGACCACCAGGCACAGUAGGGAAGGCACCAACAAUACAAGCCAGCAAAAGUCCUGGGGGCUUCGGUGUUCAGGUCUCUGCAAAUCAGAAAAACAAGCUGAAUGACCCUGGAGGUGGCUCUUUCAGAGAUGAUGAUGACAUCAAUGAUGUUGCCUCUAUGGCUGGUGUUAAUCUGAAUGAAGAAAGUGCCCGAAUUAUGGCUACCAACUCUGACUUGGUUGGAACACAGAUACAGUCCUGUAAAGAUGAACCCUUUCUUGCUGCUAUACCUCUACAUAAACGCAUACUUGAAAUGGCUAAAAAAUUAGGAAUUACUGAUGUGCCAGCUGAGGUGGUUACUUUUAUUUCCCAUGCAACACAAAACAGAUUAAGAACAGUGAUAGAAAAAGUAACAGUGAUAACCCAGCACCGUAUGGAAUCGUACAAAGAUGAUGAAUGGUAUGAACAAGCUACAGAUGUCCGAUCACAGUUAAAGUUUUUUGAACAGUUGGAGCGUUUAGAAAAGCAAAGGAAAGAUGAACAAGAGAGGGAAAUCUUGCUAAAGGCUGCCAAGAGUCGCUCAAGGCAAGAAGACCCAGAGCAAGCUAGACUGAAACAAAAAGCAAAGGAGAUGCAGCAACAAGAACUUGCACAAAUGAGGCAGAGGGAUGCCAAUCUAACUGCACUGGCAGCUAUUGGUCCUCGGAAGAAGCGGAAGCUUGAUUCGUCUGGACUGCUUACCAUAGGAGGAGAGGGCCUCAGUAUGUCCGGUGGAAGUCAGGCUGGCUUGGGGACUCCCUCAUCCAGGCAGUAUGCACGACAGAAAAUAACUCGCGUAAACCUCAGGGACUUCAUCUUCUACAUGGAACAGGAAAGAGAAACAAGCCAUUCUCUCCUGCUCUAUCGAGCUCUGCUUAAGUAAAGCCAAGAAUUGUACUGAUAUUUCUCCAUACAGUAGCUCAACUUGCAUUGAAAAGCUGUCAUUUUAAUGUGCCUUCUAUUUUUUUCAGAAGUCAAUGUUUCUGUAGCUUGUUUUGCAAAAUUGUCAGACACAUGCAAUAAAUUCCCUUUAUGUAAAAAUUAAGAAAAAAAAUGUGCAAAAGGUUUUAAAAUAUUAAAUCCACAGAUAUAAUCCAUUUCAAUGUCUUACUCCAUUUGGCCAUUUUGAAUGAAUAAUCCAUUUCAAUGUCUUACUCCAUUUGGCCAUUUUGAAUGAGCCUAAAAUAGACCACAGUGAAAUUUUAUAAAUGGAAAGACUGACUGCAAUGGCUUGUAAGCCAUCUCACUCUGAGACAGACUGGGACAGGUUCACAGGACUGGGAUCUAACCAUGGUUUUAACAUGUAUGUUCACUUACAGUGCUAGGUUUGUUUUCCUUUACAUUUCACUGGCACUGUUUCCACUGACUAACCAUGGUUAUACCUGUUGUUAUUUUAGAUUAGUUAAAAUUGCAAUUUUUUGCACAGCUAAAAGAAUAGCCACUGCACACUCCCACAGAUUUUGUGUGUUUAGGAUUUUUGCUCUUACUGCACAGCUCAUUUCCUGAGCCAUUUGCUGAACCAAAUCCUAAGUGUAUGAAAUCUGUGUAUUAAGAUCCCAGCUGAGUUACCUUGACUAGCUUCCAGUUGUUUUCUAAACCUAUUCAACCUUUUGCACAUUUGUAGCAGCUGGUGAGUAACAUGAAUCAAAGUUGGAUUUUAUUUCCUAAAAAUAUCUUAAUUUAUUUAUUGCAAAGAGUAUGGUUUAAUGAUGAUUUUAAAAGAGAGUAUUGUUCAGUAAAGAUUUUAGAGUAUUCUAUGUGGAUUUUUAAAGUCGCUGUGAAGGAAGUUAUUGGGGGGCCGGUUCCACUCUUCCUUGAAUCACGAGAGCCGUGGUAAGUGCGGGAGCCCGUCCUGCCGCGUGGCUGGGGUCCUCGCCGCAGUGACUUUGCCUUGGAUCACCAGACCGGAGGACUGCAGUCCAGAAAGGCUCAUAAACAAGUGCAUGACUCUAAGCAUAUGGGUAGUUUUAUGUACUUAAAAGUGAAAUGAAUGCUUUUAAAUGCUUUGCUGAAUUUGAAUUUAAGGGGCCCACACCAAAGCCAAGCAAAGUUAGUGUGAGUCUUUUAAAUGGGAUAGGAAUGGCAGGUGGCCACAAGUUGUACUUCAAAAAUAACAGUAUUAUCAGUAACCAUGGAAGGGAGACAUUUGCUUAUUUAUCUUUUCAAUUUUUACUAUGUUAUGCUUGCCACUUUUUUGAGGCAAUAUUUUUUUUUGAUGGGAAACCAUAGCGAAAGCACAAAUAGAACUAUUUGUCCAAUAGUUUUAAAAACAAAAGUUUUAAUUAUUUUUUAAGGUUUAUGAAAAGCAGAAGAAAAUUUAUACUGCUGCUAUUUAGCCAAAAGAUUAUUCAUAAGGUAUUUAAGGCCAGGAAGUGUAAAAUUAUGUUUUAAAUGUAUUGAUAAUUUGUACAUAUUGUUUAUAAAGGCCUUGUGUUUAUUAGAAUUACGUUAUUUUGAUGAUUUCUGUACAUACUCGUAAAUACCCCCCAAUUUGUGUGAAAACAUAC